GUAGUUAUUAAUCGAAAAGAAAAUUCAAUUUUUAAAUGUAAUGAAUAUGUGCUCAAAAAAUAUUUUUACACAGAUUUAUCAACUUACAUAUGUAUCUUUGCCUCUUUUAUCGUUGGCAAACAUCUGUUAUUCUUGUAAUAAACAGUCAAAAACAGUUAUAUUACCAGAUGGAGUACCCUUAAUUGAAGUCUAUGGUGGAGAAUAUUAUAAAGAAGAUUUAACAUUAAAUAAAUUACUCCAAAAAAUAUUUAUAACAGUUAUGGAACCUUAUAAUCGGGUUAAAAUAGAAGAUGAAGAAUAUGUACUUAUCCGUGCCAUAAUUUUUUCACAUUUUGUUACAAAUGGUCUUAGCAAGGAAGGACAAAAAUUUUUACUUUCCGAGUCAGAAAAAUAUUGUGGAAUAUUAAUGAGAAUGUUACAGGUAUUUUAG